UCUCUUUCACGUGUAAGAAAACAUAGCUCUGGCUGGAGCUGGAUAAAGAUACAGUCCUUGCUCCUCUCCGGUCUAGACAUCACAUCAUUAGCCAAGUCAGCUAGUUAGCUGCUUCUUUUUCUGUCAAAAUGUCAACCACGACCGGCGGUGGAGAGUUUGGCAACCCUCUCCGAAAGUUCAAGCUCGUCUUUCUUGGCGAACAGAGUGUUGGAAAACCUCACUCAUCACCAGGUUUAUGUAUGACAGUUUCGACAACACUUAUCAGGCAACAAUUGGCAUUGACUUUUUAUUCAAAAACCAUGUACCUAGAAGAUCGCACGAUUCGGCUGCAGCUCUGGGAUACAGCCGGACAGGAGCGUUUCCGCAGCCUCAUCCCCAGUUACAUCCGCGACUCAGCUGCUGCUGUGGUGGUUUAUGACAUAGCCAAUCUCAAUUCAUUCCAGCAAACAUCAAAAUGGAUUGAUGAUGUUAGAACAGAGAGAGGAAGCGAUGUCAUUAUCAUGCUUGUUGGGAACAAAACAGACUUGGCGGAUAAAAGACAGAUCACCACGGAGGAGGGCGAGCAGAGAGCUAAGGAACUGAAUGUCAUGUUCAUUGAAACCAGCGCAAAGACUGGCUACAAUGUCAAACAGCUGUUCCGCCGCGUCGCUGCCGUCAUUGCCAGGAUGGCAGCACACCAGAGAAAAGCAAAGAGGACAUGAUCGACAUCAAACUGGAGAAACAGCCAGAGAUGACUGUCACCGAGAGCAGCUGCUCAUGCUAGUACACCUUACCCUCACCCAGCCUGUCUCCUCCACACCAACAGCUUGUCUCUCAGUGGCCACUCUCUCCACCCAUGGCACACUGCCACUGGGAUGGAGGGCCUGUCUUUCUCUUGUUUUUUUUUUUCCUCUCAACUCAGUGACUUUCAGAUUAACUGUGUGAUGUGCGUUACUGUAUUGAAACAGCUUAUCUGGAGAAAAAAAAAGGUUCAAAAGUUAACAUUUAAAAUGAGAGUAAUUUAAAUGAUAUGUUCAGAUUUUCAUCCAGUUGCAUGGCAUUAAAUAGGAUUGCAGACUGGCAUAGCUAACCGCUCAUGGGUUAUUCAACAGUUUGGAUUCUUAGUGUCUGUUACUCUUGUCCUUGUUGUAAAGUAAUACUGCUUGGGAUUAUUUAAUGACUCUGCAAGGUUGAAUUCUGAGCCGUUUGCAUCAGACUUUUUUGUUUUAAUGGAGAGUUUGCCUACAGCUGUUCUAUUCUCUCAAAAUAUUUCUUGACUUUUUUUUCUUACCUUGAGGAUGUAGACCAGAUUUAACCAGUAAAUUAACAUCCUUGCUACUUAUUGUGUUACCACAUUGAGCUAAUAGGCAACUGAUACUUUAGUGUUUAAUUCUAACCUGCUGAAGACUUUAACUGCCAAAUACAAGAGUGUGUUGGUAGUGACACCAAAAUUUAACCAUCUGAGACCUUAUUCAAAUCUGCUGAAGGGAUGUGUAACCAAGUAAUAAGGAAAUACAUAUCCAUCGCAUCAAAGAAAAGGUCAUCCCAAGUUUUAAUAGAAAGCUACUAACCUGAAGCUAGCUGUCGCAUAAAAACUAUAGCAAUCGUCUUUCUGAUGUUAAAAUUAGCUGCACGUGUACUAACCUGUCUGAGGAGGAGUUUUAAGUUUUUAGAUACCCCUGAUGUAGGAAUUUACAAAAAAAAGCCAGUGUUACGUUUUUCCACGCUGUUGGAAAGUUGUCACUUUUGGUCGCUAUGACCCAUACCCACCAUCUCAUCGAUGAUUUGUGUUGUGUUGAUGACCACUAUUGCACGAACAUGCAGCAUGCUCACCUUGCAGGAUUUCUAUUGGAUAAGAACACAGAUGCCUUGCUUGUUGUUCACCAACGUUGUGCACUGAAUCAAGCCACAAUAUUGUAAAUAUGAGAGAAGCCUGCUGACUGGUUCAUGGCUUCACUAGUUGUUUGUAGAGCUGGUAGAUUCAAGAGUUUGUCCUCAGAUACAGCUUAACGCUUACUAACACCAUGCUGUAAAAAGUGCUGAGAAGUUAGCUGCAGUAUCCUUCGCUGUAUUGCUCUUGCCUGUGUAGGACUAUUGGUUUUAUGUGUUUAUUUAUUUAUAACUUGGACAUACAGAUAACGUUGUAUGCUUGACCAAAAGUUCAGAAGCUGACACGCAUGUUGAACAGUUUAUUUAUUUAUUGUUUGCGUGUCUGCUGGGGAUCCACAGAAAGAGACAUAUAGGCCUGAUACUUUUUCUUGUCUGUUACACUGCUAAAAACCUAACUUUUUGCAGUGUGUGUAGUCAGUAACUCAGUUUACAGUUGCAAGUAAAGGCUGCAAUCUCUGAGACACACCACACACACUUACUCACACAGUGUAACACAAACCACUAACUAGCCAUAGCAAAACAAAAGACACUGGUCAUUUGCUGUAGCUUGUUUUGAAAAGUCCACGUUUUAAACUGGUAUUUAAUUACAUUGAACAACCAUUUUUAACUUGAGCAGCUCUUCUAUUACUCGUCACUGACUAAAUACUCAGCUUUGUGCUCUUCUGAAUUGUGUCUGUCCAUUGAAAUAUUGCUGUCUACUCGUUGUUAGCAACGUUUGUGUGAAUAAUGUACUAUACUAUCUGAUGUAUAAAAAGGAGAGGUUAAAGAAACACAAGUGUAGACCUAUCACAUGGAAUAAAUAAAGAUAUUUCACCAAAAUUGAA